AGCUGCAAUACAGAUGUUGAUCUGUAACGGUGACCUGCAGGGAUGGACUGUACAGAAGCUAGUGUUAAUUGUGGCAGUGUAGUUACGGACUUGUGUUGGAUUGUUUUCAUUACCGGACGUUGGAAUACCUUUGACGACGAUGAGGAUACGACAGAAUAGAGGUCAGCAGGGUGAUGUGGCCAUCCUGUCACUACUGAAUGUCCUGCUGCAACUCUGUCUGGUGUCAGGUGUCGCAUCAGCUCACAGAAGAUCACACCGAGAGCGGCACCAGGAGCCACGGUUCGUAAAGUCGAAGCAGGUGAACAUCACGGUUCGAGUUGGUGAGAAUGCAAUUCUCCCAUGUGCUGUGGAGCACCUAGGAACCAAACAGGUGUCAUGGAACCGCUACAAGGAGCGACACUUUCUAACUAUCGGAGACCUGACGUGGGUGCGAGACAGUAACAUCGCGAUUGACCACCGCGUGCGAUCCGAUGAUCAAGUACGACAGCAUAACAAACAUAUCAGUAACUGGAACCUCGUAAUAUCCAGCGUCAAACACAGGGACGCUGGGCUCUAUGAGUGUCAGAUCAUUUCUACCAAGAAACGGUCGCGGCUUGUACGUCUUAAGGUUGUAGAUCCACCAAAGUUAGAACCAGCCAUUGUUAUCCAAGGGAAGGAGUAUGUUGAGAUGGGAGAGCCCAUCACUCUGACGUGCAAUGCGACGGGAGGUCGCCUCAUCCCUGAGGAGAUGGACUGGUUUAAAGACGGGGACCUUGUUGUGUCGGAGAAAUACAAGGGCAUUGUUAUCACAAAAUAUCGCUCUCUCGAGAGCCAGACUUUAGUCAGCGAGCUCAUCAUCGAUAGAGCUCGGGCAGUGCAUUCUGGGACAUAUAUUUGCCGAAGUUCAGAGGACAAAAUAGACAGCAUGGAAGUGACGGUUCUUGUUGCUAAUUCUUCCAAUGUCAAGAGAGGCUCAGGGUCUCGAGAAUUUUCUCAAGUUGGAUUGCUAAACCAUGCAAUAACCAUGACAACAGGAACGCCCAUUUUGAUGCUUCCCUUCAUCUUGUCGUUUUCACUAGUCAGUUGGAGAGUGUCAUGAUAAAUAAAGUUUACAUCCAUCAUUCACCGUGACCUGUGUUCCUACUAGAGAUUCUCAGUAAACUGUACUUCUAUUGAACAGUGUUGAAGAUUCUUAGCGAACAGUGUAACUAUUGGAGAUUAUCUGUAUUGGACAGUGUUGAAGAUUCUUAGUGAACAAUAUUCCUAUUGGAGAUUCUCUGUAUUGGACAGUGUUGAAGAUUCUUAGCGAAAAGUGUAACUAUUGGAGAUUCUCUGUAUUGGACAAUGUUGAAGAUUCUUGGUGAACAAUAACUAUUGGACAUUCUCUGUAUUGGACAGUGUUGAAAAUUCUUAGUGAACAAUGUUCCUAUUGGAGAUUCUCUGUAUUGGACAGUGUUGAAGAUUCUUAGUGAACAAUGUUCCUGUUGGAGAUUCUCUGUAUUGGACAGUGUUGAAGAUUCUUGGUGAACAAUGUUCCUAUUGGAGAUUCUCUGUAUUGGACAGUAUUGAAGAUUCUUAGCGAACAAUGUUCCUAUUGGAGAUUUUCUGUAUUGGACAGUGUUGAAGAUUCUUAGCGAACAAUGUUCCUAUUGGACAGUUUAUAUAUAAUAUGUUAUAAAUUGUGUUCCUACUGGUCAGCAAUGAUUGCCUAGGGUCAGGGUCCUGGACAGACAUGCCAGAAAUUGAGUGGAUAUAUAGGCACAUGAACAAACCAUUAAGGUUACAGUGAACGAUAUAGUUGUUGAACAGACUGAAUAGACUACUAGGAUUCUCAGCAAACUGUUCCUGUUGGACAGACCACUAGGAUUCUCAGUAAAGUGUGUUCAUAUUGGACAGACCACUAAGAUCUUCAGUAAACUCUGUUUCUAUUGGACGUACUACAUAGAUCUUCAGUAAACUGUGUUCCUAUUGGACAUACUACAUAGAUCUUCAGUAAACUGUGUUCCUAUUGGACAGACCACCAAGAUCUUCAGUAAACUGUGUUUCUAUUGGACAUACUACAUAGAUCUUCAGUAAAUUGUGUUUCUAUUGCACAGACCACUAAGAUCUUCAGUAAACUGUGU